GCCUGGUGGCCCGAAUGAGGCAACAUCAUGAGAAGUGCUGUGAUGAAGAUGACCAAAGAAACACAUUUGAACAGGCAGGAUCUUCAGGGGAAUUCAUGGAUUCUGGAAACUAUCCACCUUCAAGAUCACCAUCCUCCUGUUCUACAGUUUCAGAGUUAUCCAUCCAGGAUAGUGCUUCAUUAGCAGCAGCAUCAGACACCCACAGCCACAUAUCACUAUCACCUAAAAGAAAGAAAAAAUCCUUCCCUCCUGGAACCACCAUAGAUAAGUUUGUGAUAAAAACUAGCAGAUUAGAAAAAGAGUUAAUUGAUGAAAAAAUUGCCCAGUUUGUUUAUGCAACGAACUCUUCUUUCCGUCUGACUGAGAACCCACAUUUCAUUAAUAUGGUUCAGUCACUGAGACCAGGAUACAGUCCACCCAGCAGAGCAGAUGUUGCAGGGAAACUGCUGGAUAAAGUGUAUGACAGAGAAAUGGAGCAAUGUGCAACAGCUCUGGAGGGUAGAAUUGUUAACCUAAGUAUUGAUGGGUGGAGUAAUGUCCACAAUGAUCCUAUUGUACGUGCUUGUAUAACAACAGAAGAAGGGAAAGUCUUCCUUGCACAAACAAUUGAUACGUCAGGAAAUGCACACACAGCAGAAUACUUACAAGAAGUGGCAGUAAAAGCUAUAAUAACAUGUGAACAAAAAUUCAAAUGUCUAGUAUGCAGUUUGGUCACAGACAAUGCUGCAAAUGUAUCCAAGAUGAGAAGAAAUUUAGAAGAGCAGGAAGGGAAUACAAAGCUAAUAACAUAUGGUUGCAGUGCUCAUUUGCUGCACCUCUUAGCCAAAGACUUAAGUGUUCCAGAAAUAAAGACUAAUGUUGUUGAAAUUGCUAAAUACUUCCGUAACAAUCACUUUGCUGCAGCAGCUCUGAAAAGGAUGGGUGGAACCAAGCUAACGCUCCCACAAGAUGUUAGAUGGAACUCUGUGGUGGACUGUUUUGAGCAGUAUAUCAAGAACUGGCCUAUUCUGAUGACAGUUUGUGAACAAAAUCGAGAUAAAAUAGAUGGCACUGUCACGGCCAAAAUCCUCAACAUUGGGCUUAAGAGAAAUGUUGAACAUAUGCUGAGCAUCCUGAAACCCAUCUCUGAAUCUUUAAACAAAAUACAGAAAAAUAGCUGUUUUAUUGCUGAUGCUGUUGAAAUUUGGAAGGAACUGAGUGAACACUUAAAAACAGAACUACACAUGGACAGAAUUAAAUUACAAGCAUUAAAAAAAGAAUGGGACAAGUACUGUCUCCAGCUCAUUUUUUGGCAAAUAUUGUCAAUAUCCAGUACCAGGGUCAAAAUUUAAGUGCUGAGGAAGAGGAGUUAGCUAUGACAUGGGUAUCCAGCAAUCAUCCAUCUGUAAUGCCAACUAUAAUAAACUUCAAAGCUAAGGGGGAACCAUUCAAGAAAUAUAUGUUUGCUGAAGAUAUUUUAAAGAAAGUCACACCAGUGAACUGGUGGAAGUCACUUAAGCAUUUGGAUUUAGAGACUGUUCAAGUAAUGAUUUCACUUUUAACAGCAGUAGCUUCUUCUGCAGGCGUUGAAAGAAUAUUCUCUUCCUUUGGACUCAUUCAUUCUAAAUUGAGAAAUCGUUUGGGACCCGAUAAAGCAGGAAAGCUUGUUUUUCUUUUCCAGAUUAUGAACAAAGAAGAAGAUGAAGAUGACGAGUGAGCUACAGAGGACAGUAUUUAAGUUUUUCAUGUCUAGGCUGGGCUGACAGUUUAAGUUUCUUAAAAUAUAUAUAUUUUGUUUAGCCAAAUUAGUUAACAAACAUGGAUGUUUGUUUAAGCAAAUAACAUAUGCUGUAAUGUUAUUGUUUCAGUUGAAUAAAUCUAUUUAAAUUGUUAUUAAGGUAAUGAUUAUUUUUCU